AUGUCACAGUUAGACAAUGACUCAAUUUACCAUUUAGUUGAGUACUUAAAUAAUGAAAAAGAGGCAUUCAUGGUUAAAGGUAUCAAUAAAAAAUACAAAAAUAUUUAUAAUAAAUUUGAAUAUAAUCCAUUUCCAGUAAGUUCAACAGAUUUAUUUCCAAAAAUGAAGAAACAAUGUCUAUAUAAUAAAAAAGAUAAACAAUUAGAAGGAAUGGAUCAAUACAUUUAUUGUUAUGUAGUUGGAUAUAAAGUUGUUUCUCAAUCAAAAGAAAAUAAUGUAAUUUUUAAAAAAGUUAGAUUAGGGAAGCAUGAUCAUGACAAAAUGCCAAUAAAUUAUAUACCUCCUGGUAUUCAAGAAUUAGGCAAGAGUUGUUAUUAUUACGCAGCUAAUACAGAAAUUAAUUUACCAACUACAAUAACAAAAAUUGGAUAUGAUUGUUUUUAUUAUAAUUUAUUCAAAUCAAUUGACCUAAGCCAUGUGUUACAAAUUGAUGUUGGUGCAUUUAAUAUUUGUAAUGAGUUAAGUGCAGUGACUUUGUCUGGUUAUUUAAAAAAUAUUCCUUCUUAUUGUUUCGAAAGUUGUAAAAGUUUGUUAGAAAUGGAUCUUAGAUACAUUGAACAAAUUGGUGAUUGUGCUUUCAAUGAAUGUACCUCACUAUCUUCUAUUACUAUUUCAACAAAUCUCAAAGAUGUUUCUUAUUCAGCGUUCAAGAAAUGUUUUUCUUUGCAACACAUAGAUGGGUGUGGAAUGAAAGUAUUUCAUCCAUCAAUUUCAUCAUUAUUUUUUGAUGUACUACAAAAGAAUGGAAUCUGUUGUGAUGGAGAGAUUCAUUAUAUCAGAGAAGACAAAAAUUAUUUUAAUAGUUUAAUCCCUCUAGGUGUUAAUAUAAUAGAACAAAGCGUUUUUUUGAAUGAUUGUAUCACAUCAGUAUCAAUUCCAUCGAGUGUUCAUAUGUUAUCAGAACAUAGUUUUGAUUCAUGUCGUCAUUUAAAAGAAGUUAUUUUACCAAAUAAUCUAACAUCACUACCAACGUGUUGUUUUAAUAAAUGUUUUGCAUUAGAAAAAAUUAAUUUAGAAAAUUUAAUUUCUAUAGGAAGAAAUUGCUUCAACUGUUGUAAACAAUUAAAAGAAAUUCAUUUGGAUUCAGCGACAGACCUUAAACAUGGAUGUUUUGAUAGAUGUGACGAAUUGUCAAAAGUCAUACUAAAUAGUUGUAUUGAACGAUUCCCCAAAGAGUGUUUUUCUGGAAGUAGAGGGUUAAAAGAAAUUACAAUGAAUAAUAUAAAAGUCAUUGAAGAGUCUAGUUUUAUGGGAUGUUCUGAAUUGGAAACUAUUGAUAUUAGUAAAUGUACUUCAAUAGGAAAAUGUUGUUUUAUGAAUUGUACAAAAUUAACAUCAAUUCAAUUAUAUUCUCAAUUGAUAGGACUUGAAGAAUCUUUUUUUGAAAAUUGUGGAUUUAUUCAAGUAAGUUUACCAUCAACUCUACGUUCAUUGAAUAAUAACGUUUUCAAAAAUUGUACAUCUUUGAAGUCAAUUGAUAUUCAGAUGGUUACUCAGUUAGGAAAUAAUUGUUUUGAAAAUUGUUCUUCAUUGAGUUACGUAAAAUUGUCUAAUGAAUUAAAAAUACUCUCAGUUCAAUGCUUUAAAAAUUGUUCACAACUAAGAGAUAUUCAACUCCCAAGUUCACUCGAAGUACUUCAAGAUGAUUGUUUUGAUAAAUGUACUUCAUUAACAAACAUUACUAUUCCUUCACACUUAAAAGUUUUAUCGAGAAAUGUUGGUCUAGAUAAAGGACUUGUUGAAUUAAAACUGUUUAGUUCAUUAAAAAUAAUUCAAAAAGGCUGUUGUUUAAGUUGGAAACGAUUAAAGAAAGUUAUUGGAUUAAAAGUUCUUGAAAAAAUUGAACAAAGUGCGUUUGAGAAUUGUGAAGAGUUAGAGUCUAUUGAAUUUAAUCCAACACUUCAAUUCAUUGGAAGACGAACAUUUUAUAAUUGUAAGAAGGUUACACAUGUAUAUAUUCCAAAUAAUACUAUUGUUGAAGAAGAAGCAUUUAUGAACUGUUCUGGGAUACAAGAAAUCAUUAUCGGAGAACAUUGUCAUAUUCCACGAAAUUGUUUCAGAAAUUGUGGUACUAUUAAAGAAGUUAUUAUUCAUGAUUGGGUUGAUUUUGAUGAAAAAGCAUUUGUUCAUUGUACAAUUCAGUCUAUUAAAUCUCCCUGCAAUGUAUUAAAUGGUAAAAUUCCUUAUUGGAUGAGUGUUAUUGCAUCAAAAAAUAAUAUUGAAUGUUCUGUAAUAGAAUAUACUCGUUACGAUAGAAUGUGUUAUGGAAGCAAUAUUCCUACUCAAUGUAGUCAACUUGGGAAUAGAGUUUUUAAUUCAUGUAAUAAUAGUUUGAUUAUUCUUCCAACUAUGAUUACUAAAAUUGGAACUCAGUGUUUCAAUCAUUGCAAACAGUUAAAAGAAAUAAGAUUUAAUAAAUUUCUUGAAGAUAAGAUUGAUGCUCCAUCUACAAUAACAAAAGUUCCAUUUUAG